UGGUGGUUGGUUCUGCUACCUUGCGGAAGUGAGGAUUCGCAUGAUGUGUAGUGUAGUAGCGGCUUUGCAAACACUCAAACAAGUCAUAUAAGGUUAACUGUCUAUUGAUCUAGCUGAGAUAAUGUGUACGGGUUGUGUACAGAAAGAAUAUCCUGACAGGGGAAAUACUUGUCUGGAGAAUGGAUCUUACCUCAUGAAUUAUGUUGGCUGCGCUAAUUGCCAUCAGAGGGACUUCGUUUUGAUAAGCAAUAAGACCACGGUUGAUGAGGACGGUGAGGAGAUUGUCACAUAUCUGCAUAUGUGUAAAAAUUGCGACCACGUCAUAGCACGGCAUGAAUACACCUUCUCUGUAGUGGAUGACUAUCAGGAAUACACGAUGUUGUGUAUGCUCUGUGGCAAAGCUGAGGACUCCAUCAGUGUUCUUCCAGACGACCCUAGGCAGACGGCCCCCCUCUUCUAGGAGCCCUCUUGUGACUUCCUUGUCUAGCACCGAGUUAUCAUAGUUUUGGAAAAUUCGCAAGGACGCCUCCUGUAACGCUUGGUAUCAUCAGCUCAGCUGUCGUCAUAUUGACUUCAUAAGUAUUUCUGCCCAAAACUCUGACCAUUCCCAGGCAGUCAUGCUUGUACCUCUGCACCCGUUUAGUUUCACUCCAAUCUAUGGAAUGAGUGCAGAAAAGUAUUACAACUUCAUAGAAAUCCGGUCCUUCCCUUGGACAGGUACAAUGCACCGUCAUUAGGCAACCAGUAAUCCACACACUUGUAGGACUACAGACUCACACAAAGUGGUCCACUGCUGUAGGCAAUCCUACAUUUUCAUAUAAUUUCUGCAGAAAAGUUCUUUAAGUGUUUAUUAUUAAAGCUAUUAAACUCUCUGCCUGGAUUAUUUAGUUAUUUUAAAUCAUAUUUUUGAGCAAUUUAACAAAAUGCUACACAAUAAAGAUAUGUAUGUAUGCUUUUAUAAAAUAACUUUUGUAAAGAAAUAAAGACAUUUGGUUCAGGGUGUUUUCAUGUAAA